AUUAUUACUCCCCUCUCUAAUUAUCCAUAACUGUAGUCCAACCAAAAUUUCGAGUUUAACAACCAGAAAAAUAGUAUCACCCCUCCAAAAUAGCAGUGUACCUACAAGGUGUUCACGUACACGAAUUCGCCUACAGCGGUUUACAAUAACAAGCUGUUUGUCCGUAAUAACAUUUCAGACGGCGUUCUUCGAAGCAGUUGUUGAUAGUUUGUAAAUUGUAAUCAUUAUAUUCAUUAUAAAAUAUUCAUUGAUUUUGGCUUGUCUGGCUACUCUGUUGACAACAGACUUGAUGCCCAUCGAGAAGUAUACAAAUACAAACGUCGAGAUCGUCCACGGAGAAGAAAAAUCUACUCGGUUUUAAUAUGAGGAAAGAACAAUAUUUAAUUUUCGUGACUCUCAUGAUCGGAAUGAUAACGUCACUGCCCUAUAAUGAUUCAACUGUGCCAAAAGGUCAAAUAAAGUUAAUUGCUUCUAAUUUAGAGUUCGCAUCAACAAAACCUAAGGAUAAAAAUAUUAUAAAAGAAAAAGGCAAUGUAACUUCAUCUAAAUUUACAGCGCAAACCACAUGUGGCAAAAGAAUGGCCCCAAACUUUAGAAUACUUGGAGGAAGUGAAUCUCAAUUAGGUGCUUGGCCAUGGAUGGUAGCCCUAGGAUACAAAAAUUCACAAAAAAAAAAUGAUUCUAUUGAGUGGCAUUGUGGCGGUACAUUAAUUUCCAAUACACACGUUUUAACUGCCUCCACAUGCGUGACCAACACUGGGUCAAAAGUAUUGACCGUGGCACGCUUAGGUGAGUUGGAUUUGGAUCCCAUGGUCGAUGACGGGGCAUUGCCAUUAGAUGUUCCGAUCAAACGUAUUGUAAACCACGAGGGAUACGAUUCAAAAAAAAUCAUCAAUAACAUUGCAAUACUGGUAUUGAAAAAUAGUGUUACCUUUAAUGAAUUGAUCCAACCGAUUUGUUUACCAGCAUUACUGGAUAUGGACAAUGUUGAAAAAUCAAAAAAUAUACCAUUUGUUGUCGGCUGGGGAAGCAUCAAUGCUUCGCCUCAAACAAAUGAGAAGACUUCGACGUCUUUGAUGGAAGUUCAAAUUCCUAUAUCGAAUAUAACACAAUGUAAACAGGCAUAUUCAAAUUAUAAAAGCGUAAUCGAUGACAAGGUGAUAUGUGCUGGAUAUCCAGAAGGUGGAAAAGACUCUUGUCGGGGCGAUUCCGGAGGUCCUUUAAUGUGGUCAAAGAGAAAUCAAUUUUAUUUGAUUGGCGUUGUUUCUUAUGGUUUUGCGGAAUGUGGAGAUCCAGGUCAUCCUGGAGUGUACACAAGAGUAGCUUCCUACAUGGAUUGGAUUUUGGAUAGAAUAAACAACUAAUACAAUCUUUUUAUUUUAAUAUUAACGGUCAUUUGAAAUAAAUUAAAUGAUUUAUUCGUUUUGUUAAUUAAUAGAAAUUAUAUACUUGUAUUUUAUGUAAGUCCCAAUUGUUUGUUUAACGAUAGGUACCUAAUUCGUUUUUAUACUUUUUAUUAAUCAAUUCUAAUUUCAUUUCCGAAAUUUAAGUCUUAAUAAGUAUGAGUUAUAAAAUAUACAUGAUACUGUAAAAUACCAUAAAAAUAAAACACUAAGAGCGGAUCUUUUUACGGUUACUAAUAUCUUCAUUUGUCGUAUAUAUGAAGAAAAACACAAUCAUAAUUUAAAUUUAACUUGCGUCCAGGUGAUUGAUGAUGAAGUUUAAAACACGUCAUGUUGAGUUUAAUAGUAAAAUUGUGUUUUUUUUGGAACUUAUUAUACGUAUACCUUGCAUUACUA